UGUUUUUUUGUAAUUCAUAUCAGUUAUUGAUUUCAAACUUUUGUUAAAUGUGUUAAAAGAUAUCAUGGAAGGUCUUGAAUCUUUUGAUAAGGCUGCUUGGACAAAGGAAAUGUUGCAUAUAUUUUGUGAUAUAUGCAUUAAGGCAAUUGAUAUGGGAAUGAGACCUAAUACUCAUUUCGAUAAAACGGGGUGGAAAUUUCUUAUAACAUCAUUCAAAGAACAAACUGGCCAUGCAUUCACUAAAACACAGUUGAAAAACAAAUGGGAUGGAUGCAAAAAGGAUUGGAGGAUAUGGAAUAAGCUGGUUUCUGAAACUGGUGUUGGCUGGAAUAGUGAGUUAGGCACAAUUGCAGCUAGCGAUGAGUGGUGGAAACAAAAAAUUCAGGAAAUUAGAGGAGCCAAAAAAUUCAGACAUGUCGGUAUUGAGCCGUCUUUGAAGAAUAAAUUUGACCGAAUGUAUUCCAACACUGUCGCAACUGGAGCGUAUGCAUGGGCUUCUUCAUCAGGUGUACCUGCUGGUAGUGAUGUCGAUCCUGGUACAAGCAAUGCCGACAUUGCUCAUGAUGGUUUGGAAGAGGGCAGUGGUGAUUCGGAGGAAGAUGUGAUUCCAGAUUUCCAGACUGACAUGGCUCGAAUGGUUGGAGGGAUAAAUAUGUCUAACAGCAGCAACACAACAAGCGGUGGCAAAAGAAAAGAAUGAGAUCAUUAUGAUGUGCGAGGUAGAAAGAAGAAAACAGCUGGAAUUGGUGUUCAGCUGCUGUCAAGGUGCAAUCAUCUACUUGAGAGUAUGUCGACUAAGAGUGAUUCGACUUCUUUGAAUAUGGAUCGCGAAGGUUGUAGUAUUCGCGAGGUGAUGGAUGAGCUGCACUCAAUUCCUGGAGUUUCAAUUGAAGAUGAGUUUCAUGACUUCGCUACGGAGUAUCUCAGUUUAAGAAGGAAAAGAGAAAUGUGGGCCAGUAUGGGUGAUAAGCAACAGAAGUUGAGAUGGUUGCAACGAAUGUAUGCACGAACUAAACGUGCUUAGCUGACAUGAGUAAUGGGAUGCCGGUUUUUAAAAGAGUAGUUUCCAUUUGCCGAAGUUUGUCCGAGACAUUAUAUUAUUCCACAUUUCAUGUAACCACAUAUGA